GGUCACAAUCAUCCCGAUGUUGCCAACUCAUAUCACAACAUGGGAGUUGUCUAUGAUGACCAAGGCAAGUACGAUCAGGCUGUGGAUAUGUAUGACAAGUCACUGCAAAUUCGAUUGUCAGUCCUUGGUCACAAUCAUCCCGAUGUUGCGUGGUCAUUUGGUAGCAUAGGAGUUGUCUAUCGUCACCAAGGCAAGUACGAUCAGGCUGUGGAGAUGUAUGACAAGUCACUGCAAAUUGGAUUGUCAGUCGUUGGUCACAAUCAUCCUGAUGUUGCCAACUCAUAUAACAGCAUAGGAGUUGUCUAUCAUCACCAAGGCAAGUACGAUCAGGCUGUGGAGAUGUAUGACACGUCACUGCAAAUUCGAUUGUCAGUCCUUGGUCACAAUCAUCCUGAUGUUGCGUGGUCAUAUCACAACAUGGGACUUGUCUAUCAUCGCCAAGGCAAGUACGAUCAGGCUGUGGAUAUGCAUGACAAGUCACUGCAAAUUCGAUUGUCAGUCCUUGGUCAUAAUCAUCCUGAUGUUGCGCGGUCAUAUAACAGCAUAGGAGUUAUCUAUGAGCGCCAAGGCAAGUACGAUCAGGCU